AAAGAAUUUUCCAUAUUUUUUCGGUUCUAGAAUGGACCAAGUAAGUAGCUAGGUUGGUGCCCCGUCUAUUGCCUGCUUGCAUGACACGUAGCAACAUGCCUCCAUGCAGGAUGACACGUGUCAGUUCUCGCAUAUUCACUCACAUAACAUACAUAACCUACCAGCAAAAUCUAAUCUGAUGAUCUUUCUUUCAAGAAUUUCUAUUUUGUUUAUACUGUGUUAUUACUUAGGAUUGCUUAGGAUUCGAAUUGGAUCAGGAAAUUAAUUAACGACGUUAUCAGUAGGUGUUGCAUGAACAAAGACUAAUCAAGCAUGGUGAAAUUAGUGACAGCAAGAGAUUGCCGGAUUUACGGCCCGGGGGCGUCCUGGAACCGAUCGGAAUACAUAAACGCCGGCCUGUAUCUGUUCUCCACGAUCGUGCUGCUGUGCGGCUUCGCGGCGGAGCUGUCGAGGGAGCCGAAAUCCGGCCUCGUGCUCUUGCUCAUUGCUUUGGUGCUCAUCGCCGUAGUGAAUCUCCACGAUCUUCUCGCUCACCUCGCCGGGAUCGAUUACCGGCUCUGCUUGUUUGCUUAUGACCCGCAGCUCGCUCUAGUUGAAUUCGCCGCUCCACUGAUGCACAUUCUCGGCUGUGUUUGUUCUUUCCUCGGAAUUUUGUUCCUCUUCAUUAAGGCAGAGAAGGGCAGUCAGUUCACGGAACUGGAGAAACAUGGUUUAAACCUAUUGAUAGCCGGGCCUGCACUAUGGUUACUUGGUUCAAUCCUCAACUCAUGCCAGAUAUACGAGAGAGCGGGCGGGCACGUUCAGAUUCUGCAACAAAGCGUCCACAUUCCGUUCCUGAUGGCUAGUUUGUUGCUUCUGGUUGGAGCCAUUCUCAAUUGCAACGACACCCGAACCCGCCAUAAUCAGCAUGUUGCACACCACCAACGCUUCAAAUCAUUAUUGGGUGGGAAGUGGGUGUGGUUGGGAAUAUGCGGGAGCCUACUACUUUUCGCUGGGGGAUUGGCAAACGUUGUCAAAGUGUUCAAAAUGCAGCAGAUGAACGGGGAAAUGAGGCUGGAGAAGCUCAGGGGAGGUGCUCAAGAUCGAUUGAUUCAUGAAAGGGACGGCCGUGGAAUGCCUCUCAUCUCCGGCGAUUUUCCGCCUCUUAUGGCCGAAGACGGCGGCAGGUGGAGAAGAGAUCGUCAGCCGGUUGAGGAGGGUCAACAGGCGGCAACCACUCCCACUCCGUACAAGGAUGUUCUUGUCAGUGAUGUUUGAUCAUUGGAAAAUUAUGUUCGUACGCGCCCAUUUCUACACAUUUUGUAUACAUAUUAUAUUUUGUCUUUGUUUUGUCGGUGUCAUGCACAAUUUGGGCAACCAGGAUUAAUAAAGUAAAAAUUGUGUGGGCUUACA